AUGACUCGUUAUGUACUGCAUCCUGAUGAUGAUGCCGUCAUCAAUGAUAUCGAUGAAACUCUCGAGGGGCUGGACACUAGCGUCGAGAAUCGGUCUAACUAUAUUAGACAAGGAAAUGAGCGUUUAACGAUUAGUGAUCAACGCAAUCAUCUAAGACACAGAGACACUGUGAUAGGAGGCGAUCUCGAUGACGACGAUGGUGAUGAUAUUGAAGACGAAGAUGAUGAUGAUGAGGAUAGUAAUGAUGAUAUUAUCAAUGAUCAUCUUCAUAAGGUAGGUGAUGAUGACGAUGAUGGUAUUGAUAGUGUUACUGAUAAAGUUAUCAGAGGCAGAUCUAUCGAACGUGACGUCCACGAGUGCUCUGAACAACAUCGUAAUCACAUUAUUAUUAAUCAAGAUCAUUCAGAAACUAUCACAAAAAAUGUUAUUGUAACAGCAGAGGAGGGGGCAAAUAACAUUAUUUGUAGUAGUAACAAUAACGAUAAUAUCUUAAAUGCAGCAGCAGUAAAUAUUAUCAGUAAUAAAUCUAGUAAUAAUAAUAAUAAUACCUGCAACAAUAACAACAAUAGCAGCGAAGACGGUGGUGAAGAAAGUAGCAGCUUAUCGUCCCACCAUCAAGUUCGUCAUUAUCAUUAUUAUAACAUUCAUCACAACAUUGGCAGCAAUAGAAAUCCGAAUUCUAAUUCGAUUGUUAGUGAUCGUCAUCUUCUAAUUUUGUGA